GGGCCGGGGCCGGGCCUGUCAGUUCGGGGCGGCGGGAUGGCGGCGCUGUACGCCUGUACCAAGUGCCACCAGCGCUGCUCCUUCGAGGCGCUCAGCCAGGGACAGCAGCUCUGCAAGGAGUGCCGGAUUGCACACCCCAUUGUUAAAUGUACUUACUGUAGAACUGAAUUCCAGCAAGAAAGCAAAACCAACACAAUAUGCAAGAAGUGUGCUCAGAAUGUGAAACUUUAUGGAACGCCUAAGCCCUGCCAGUACUGCAAUAUAAUUGCAGCAUUUAUUGGGAACAAGUGCCAGCGUUGUACAAACUCUGAGAAGAAAUACGGGCCACCUCAUUCCUGCGAGCAGUGCAAGCAACAGUGUGCCUUUGACAGGAAAGACGACAGGAAAAAAGUGGAUGGGAAGCUACUUUGUUGGCUUUGCACGCUGUCCUAUAAACGAGUGCUACAGAAGACCAAAGAGCAACGUAAACACCUGAGCACCUCCUCCCGAACCAGCCUGCCAGAGAAGGAACAGUAUGGCCGACUUACCAGCAGCAGCCACUACAGCCAGAAAACAUUAUCUACAUCUUCUAUUCAGAAUGAAAUUCCAAAGAAAAAGCCCAAGUUUGAUGCCAUAUCAGCCAAUGGGGACAGCGUUCCUUCCUCUCCCGAGACGCUUUGUCCCCCUAUCCAGAGUGCCCCGUCCGUGUUGGCGCAGUGGGCUGCUUCCCAACAGAGUCUCGGUGCCCAUGAUUGUCCUGUUUCUCAAGGCACUGACAUCCUGAAUUUUUCUCCAGACCUGGCCUUGGACUCUCCUGGCACUGACCACUUUGUCAUCAUAGCUCAGCUGAAAGAAGAAGUGGCCACUCUGAAGAAAACGUUGCAUCAGAAAGAUCAGAUGAUCCUGGAGAAAGAGAAAAAGAUAACUGAACUGAAGGCUGAUCUGCAAUACCAAGAGUCACAAAUGAGGGUCAAAAUGAACCAAAUGGAGAAGACUCACAAGGAAGUCACGGAACAAUUGCAGACCAAGAACAGAGAGCUCCUGAAGCAAGCUGCAGCUUUGUCGAAGUGCAAAAAAACAGAGAAGCCUGGGGCAAUCACCUCCCCUUAGACACAAUGGGGGAUUUCUCCCUUAUCAAGGAGUCCUUUGAUUAUCAAUCCCUUCGUUCAACAGGCUCAACUGGAAUCUUUAAAUAGUUGUUGCUAUGAAUGCCAUGAAAAAUCUCUGUGUGUGCCCAUUCAAUAGCAUGCUUGCGUGUUGGGUUUUGAAUCUUUCAUUUUCCUAUCAUACUACAAUGACGAGGGGGGUUUUGCAGUGCAUCUUCCACCGCCCCCAUUUCUCCAAGCCCAUGAACUGGCAGAAUAUAGAGAUUUCCUGCCAUCACUUUUAUUUUAGCUGCCUUUGGGUUGGCCAGGACAGAGUGAUUGCGUUGCUUCAGCGUCCUCCACAGUCUUCCAGGUAGGCUUUCCUUUAUGGGGAGGCUACUUUAGUACUCUAUUCACAUUCAUAUUUUUUAAAGAGAGUUUUUCAAAUGCUGCUUUCUCAUGUAAUGCUUUCGGGUCGUUCUUUGGAGCACCUCGAUGCCAUCUCACAAAUAUUUCUCUUCAUUCUAUAGAAUUGUUUGAGGAUGAAGUUUUAAGUCAUCGGAGGUCUAUCUAAAUUCUUAAUGGCUUAAUGAUCUCUUAAUCGAAUCAUUGGAGACAUUACUUUGAUGGUAAGGGUGGAUCAGUAAUUGGGAUUUUUCGUAUACUGGAUGACUAUACUGAUCACUGAUUGGGAAUUAGCUUCUCUUUUUUAAAAAAAAUAUUAUUAUUCGUUACACAGUAAACAAGAUCACUUUGCUGGCUUUUAUAUUUGAUCACACAUUGGACACUUCCCAAGUGUCUAGGACUCUGUGAUGUAUUGGAGAAUUAUGUGUGCAGCUCCAAGUAGUAGUUUGCAGGUGACAGAUGGUAAUUUGGUCAGCGCCGAUUGUUUUUACAUGCAAGCCAAGGUCUUUCGGCACUGCACCCAGUGUGCCAAUCACCACUGGGAUCACCUUGACUGGCUUGUGCCAGAGUCUUUGCACUUCGAUCUUUAAAUCCUCAUAUCGUGUAAACUUUUCCAGUUGUUUCUCAUCAAUCCUGCUGUCACCUGGGAUUGCAACAUCAAUUAUCUAUACUUGUUUUUUCCCCACGAUCAUGAGGACAGGAGUAUUAUUAUUAUUAUUACUAUUAUUAUUUUGUGUCAGGAGUGACUUGAGAAACUGCAAGUCGCUUCUGGUGUGAUAGAAUUGGCCGCCUGCAAAGGACGUUGCCCAGGGGACGCCUGGAUGUUUUACCAUUCUGUGUGAGGCUUCUCUCAUGUCCCUGCAAGGGAAGCUGGAGCUGACAGAUGGGAGCUCACCCUGCUGCCCGGAUUCGUCCUGCCAACCUGUUGGUCAGCACUCCUGCCAGCACAAGGGUUUAACCCAUUGCGCUAUCAGGGGCAUCAUCAUCAUCAUUACUUCUACUACUAUUAUGUUGGCUUACAUGCCAUUGCUUUUAUUUAGAGCUGGGCACUUCCCUGAUCAAGCUUAGUGGAUUUCUUACAAGUCAGAGGCAGGGUGAGACUACUCCCAACAAAUGCAAGACACAACUAUGCAGAGUUUCAAGGUAUGGUUAUUGUGGUGCCGCUGAAUAUGGUGCCCUGCAAAAGGAGCUUGAAGAGGUCUAAGAAAGGAGAAUGAAUGUCCUGUGAAACGAUAAUCAUCUCACAGGAAAACAGGAGAUGAGUCAGAGUAUGUACUGUCAAAAGAGGAUCUAAACUCGCUUAUUCCAUGCUAAUUCAUGGAAAGAUGAAAUGAGAAUAGCUCUACCGCUGGUUGAGAGCGUCCGUCAAGGCAUCUUUUAGAAAACAGCUGAAAUCACAAGUAGUUUCUGACCAGUUUAGUCUCUGCAGAACCCCAUCUGAAGAAAUGGCUUGGGGGGAGAGAGAGACUGGCACAUGGAGCAAUGCAAGAUUUGCCUUUUAAAAGAUUUUUUAAAAAGAGACUUCUGUGGCAACUGAGUCAAAAACUGUAUUAAGAAUGCUUUUUUUCAAUGGCACUUUGAAGAACGACAAGCCUCAGUCACAGAAGAAAAUAGAACUGAAAUAAUUUCACAACUGUGGGUUAUUUAUUUUUUCCCUUUGUUUUGCUUUGAAGGAAAGAUGAUGUGUGAGAAUCUGCCACAAAGUGUAAAGCAGAAAACUAAUUUUUAUACUUAAUGCAUUUUUUGGAAGAAACUGGUUCAAAGAAACUUUAACUGGGGAUGUUUUUGAGCUUCCUUAGCCAAGAAAAGUUAAAGACAAAAGACGAGGAUUUUCCUGUUAACAGGGCCUUUUUUUCUUAUUUAUGGAAGUGGAUCAUGCAUUAAAGUGGGUGAUUUCUAGUGAUGCUGUUUUUUUCUUUAUAUUUGUAAUAUUCGUAGUUUUAAAAGGGAGCUCAGAUUUGUACAAAAGUGCAAAAUGGACAAAAAACUGGUUUGGGGAGGGGUGGGAUCUUUGAGCGAUUUCAUGUUUGGAUAUAUUUUGUCUAUGUCUUGGUUUGAGUUGGCAAAAAGUCAUUUUUCCCUCCUUGGCUUAGGCCUAAUCCAAGCACAGGCUGCUGCCGUGAAGUAUAAAGAACAUUUGGUGCUAUGGUGGAAUUUGAUGUAUGUACAGGAUUAAACUGUAUUUUCUGUAA